AUGUAUAUGUCUGGAUUUUUCAUUAUUUCUUCUGAAUUGUCAGCGAGAAUGACUCCGCAAGAGGAGCGGGAGAAUUCGCGAGGAGCGGAGAUAGCCGACGCUUUUGAGGACGACAUGUUCGGUCCGCCGCGAACCGAGCCCGCCGCCAGACCCAAGCUCUCCAUGAUCUCCGCCCGCCUCCGCGCCAACGAGGAGCGCAAGCGAGUUAUAGAAAUUUGCUCACAAAAGUUGGAGAACAUCGAAGAUCCUGCACGAGAUCUCCGACGAUCUGUUUGUAUCAAUAAUACAUACUGCCGCCUCAGUGAGGAAGCACGUAAAGAGAAAGAAGCCAGAAGGAGGCGAGCAAGGGAAGAGUGUGACGAUUCAUGGAUAGGAAAGAAAGCACGCCGCGCCGUGGAGGACGAAUGCCUCGCCUUACUAGACGCGAUUCCCGAACUGGGUGACGCUAACCUCGGCUGUGCGCAGUUAGCGCGACAGAUGCAGGACGGUUCGCGACAAGACGUCCUCCUGCCGCCCGGACUUCUAACGGUACUCGACUCAUGACCACGCCGUCCCGCGCACAUGCACUCCUCGCUGUGAUGCCAGCGCCCCGAGUGAAGUAUUCUCGCGAGCCGAAGACGCUGAAUCCGCUGACCGAGUUACCGGACGCAUUCAGAACAACCUCGCCCGAUGCGUUCCGGAUCGCGGUCUCGACG